AUCAAACAGGCCAUACAAUUUAUAACACUCUCUCUUCCCCCUCUCAAGGCUUGAAAUGAAACGCAGAAGGAAAAAGCGCUCGAAACCCCAAAAACCUAGAAAAACCCUAACCAGUCCUGCCAUCGUCAGCCCUCGCAUCGCCAAAUACUAUCUCCAGCGCCACACUCUCUUCUCCAAGUACGACGCCGGCGUCCAAUUGGACGAAGAGGGCUGGUUCUCCGUCACCCCAGAGCCAAUCGCAGCACGCCACGCGUCCCUUGCCGCCGAUAACUCCCUCGUCAUCGACUGCUUCUCCGGCGUCGGAGGCAACGCCAUACAGUUCGCCUCGAGUAGAUGUCAUGUGAUUGCGAUUGAAAUUGAUGCUAAAAGAGUGGAGCUUGCGGUUAAUAAUGCCAAUAUUUAUGGAGUGGAGGAUUAUAUUGAUUUUGUAAUUGGGGAUUUUUUCCAGCUAGCACCACGGCUGAAGGGUGAUAUAGCCUUUCUUGCACCACCAUGGGGAGGUCCAUCAUAUAGCAAAGUUCUGAACUUCACUCUUGACAUGCUCAAACCAAAACAUGGAUAUUCAAUUUUUCAAGCUGCUCAGUCUAUAACGCCUAACAUUAUCAUGUUCCUGCCGCGUAAUAUGGACCUAAACGAGGUGGAAGAGCUUUCUUGGUUGUCUUCACCGCCCCUGAAUCUAAAGAUGGAAGAGAAUCAAGUAAAAACUAGGACGAAAGGAAUUACUGCCUACUUCGGUGAUACUGCAUCUGCGUUACCUGAGGACUCUUGAUUGAGCUUGGCUCGCAACUUCAGAAAGGCUAUAUAAAUCCUGGGUAGCGAAGUACAUAGUUUAUGGCGUUUAUUGUUGUAUAAGCGUUGUAAAUUAUUGUAUUUCUUCUGUGACAUGUAUAUGGAAGAAUUUGAUGAAUUUGGAGACAUCAGGUGAAAUUUAUGUAGACAUUUAAAAUUUACCCUAGGAACAUUGCGUAAUGUUACUUAUCCAUGGAAAUUUAAAAAUUUUCCUCUAGGUUCAUUCAGCAA